AUGAAUUUGAAAAUUCUAUUAACCACCCAAACGCGGAUAGCCGGAGGAACUAGUUCCACAGCUAACCUAAGGGAUGUGCUGUGGCAAAUCCCUGACCAGAGUACCUUAGGAAAGAUUGAUGUGCUAAAUGGAUUCACAGAUCGACCACCCCGCGGAAAGAUUCCAAUCCUUCUACAGUACUAUCGGAUUUCUCAGCUCAUCAUUGCUUCCCUACCAUCCCCCCAAGUGCCAGCUGUCCAGGAACAUCUUGACGCUCUUGAUAGCCUUUGCGCCAAUCUUAAGCUAGACAAGUCCCAGUUUGCAAAGGGGUGGUGCGCCCUUCUCAAAAGGACUCAACAAUUCAAAACCAUUGUAAUUCUCUUCAAAAUUACACUUAACGAGCCCCUCCAAAAGGAACUUUCCCGCCUCGCCUUUGCGCAAAAUCACCCAGAGAUCCCUCGAAAUUUCCUCAUUAGUCAUGACAAGAGAAUCGAGGUAAUUGACACCGAGUCAUCUCAAGAGGCCGAGACACUUCUGGCAACAGUUCAAGAUGCACAGCUUGCUACGUCAUUGGAUGGAGCCGCAUUAGCUCAAUGGAGACGUUUUCUAGAAUUUCAUCCGAGCCUUGUAAACGCUGAAGAGGCAUUCCUGUAUUUCUAUCGAAUUGCUCAAGAUCCCGAAAUCGCUCACGAGAAGAGAGUCAAGGCACUCAAUUGCCAAUUGUCCCAGAAGACUCAAAAGCUUCUCAAGAAGUCCAUCAUGUCUACAAGUUUCCAAAGCCAAAUUAUUGCCGAAGGAUUUGACCAUGCGUAUUUGAAUUCCCAAAAUCUAGUAGAGCUAACGAUCAACACCGUUGCAAAAUUCGAAGCUGAAUGGCGACCCACCAAAACCUAG